AUGACGCCACACCCGAUGCAAGCGGACUCAUCGCGUACCGCAGCACGAUCGCGCUUUCGCCCAAAGCAAAGAAUCAGUCACACCAAGUCCCGCAAUGGCUGCUAUACCUGCAAGCAGCGUCGUGUGAAGUGCGAUGAAGAACGCCCAACGUGCAGUGCUUGUCGUGUCCGAGGUGACGAUUGUGUCUUCCCAAAUCCAGGAGGUACACGUGACCUGCAUCAAAGACGGCCUCCCUUCCAUCUCGAGACACCGUCGUCUGAACAAGCUGAUCUUGGACCGGGCGAAGACACAAGGGAAGUCUCUUUGCGCCCGUUGACCUUCCAUGUGGCCUCAAUUGGAACACCGCACAAUGAUAGCGACCGGUCGAAAAGCAGCCUCAACAUGAAUGAUCUAAACCUCCUCCAACAUUAUAUUUUGCAUACCUCAAAGAAAAUGACUUUAAACCAGGCCAAAACAGUGGUCUGGGAGUGUGUCAUUUCUGAAAUGGCUUCGGCCAACGAGUUUCUGAUGCACUUGGUCUUAGCAUUGGCUGGCCUAGAUAUUUUGAAUACUCAAAAUAGACGCAACCAACAUAUCCUAGGUUCUUCUGGAACCUUUGCGCCCCGAAGUGCAUCUCAGAUUCAGUUAAUUGUGGAACACCACCAACAAGGGCUGGCUGGACUGCAGGAAGAGCUGUGUGCGACCACUGAACCAGACGCGGAAGCCUUACUGGCUGGGUCAAUGCUGGUAGUCGGGUUUGCUUUUGCAUCUCUUGGAGUAAAAGACCUAGAUCCAUCGAUCGGCAUACUUCAGGAGUCCUCAAACGUCGGUAUAUCACCGCUGCAUCUUCAUCCCGACCUCGAGACCCCCCAGGUACAAUGGCUUCGUCUUGUACGCGGCGUCACAUCGAUCACAGAACAAUUUUGGUGGGUCUUGAGAAAGAGCCGACUUAGGUCUCUGCUGUUCCACAAUAAUUCCAACGAAGAUUGGAAGGCCUUUAAAAAGGACUUGUGUACAAACAUCACCGCAAAUGGAGAUAUUCGAUCAAAGAGGCUUCAAGGAUUCGCAGCAGGAGCUUCUUGUGCCGUCUCAGGUCUACGGGACCUUUUUGCAGACAUAAGCUCAGCCAGAAGUUCUGAAGAAGGCUGUGAUGAUCCGCCAUCGACUGCAACCCCCAACUCUUGCCAAAGCCCAAAUGGCCCCAUUGCUUCCUUGCUUGACGCGCACAACCGGGCAAUAGACGUGGUGGAGAAUAUCUAUAUGAGGAUCUUGUAUGUUCUGCAGAUGAAGAGGUUAGAUCCUCAGCCUUCAUCCGACCUCGAGAUUCAGGCCGACCUUGAAGAUGCAGCGUUGUCAUCAUGGCCUCAUCUUCUUCCUGAGGAGUUUAUAUCUUCUCUUGACUCCCACAGGAAUUCUAACAGUCUGUAUGGAGUUACCUUGACCAUCCUGGCACACCUCUACUUGACUAUCGCUAUUCUCGAAGAUAUUUGGUAUUUUGGUAAGACUUGUGAUAUCGAAGUUCACAAAAUAAAUACUCUUGUUGUCGGUCUUGGGGAUGAAAGACUCGCGCAAUUGAUGAAGUGGCCGAUGGAAGUCAUCCGACGGUGA